GUCCUUGCUUGAGUCGCAACACCACACGCCUCUGACCCAGAAGGCCCCCCCCCCCCUCCUGGUUCGCACAGGUUUACCAGCCGCGAGCUGCUCCAGCUUUGGCGGAGGCUCUGACAGCUACCGGCUCUGGAUUCCAGGCAGACAGAGCAAGCCGAAAGACGCUGAUCGCCCAGGACUCGCAAACCAGGUCCCCAAUGCUUGGCACCUAUGCAAGCCACGUGCGACCACCAGUUCUAACCCGCGUGCUGACCGGAGCAUGAUCUGUGUCCAGUCGGAGGCUGCCAAGAAUCUGUACCAGAACAGGUUUUUAGGCCUGGCUGCCAUGGCGUCUCCAUCUAGAAACUCCCAGAGCCGACGCCGGUGUAAAGAGCCCCUCCGCUACAGCUAUAACCCAGACCAGUUCCACAACAUAGACAUCAGAAAUGGCGCGCAUGAUGGCAUCACCAUCCCUCGUUCUACCAGUGAUACUGACCUGGUCACUUCAGACAGCCGCUCUACGCUCAUGGUCAGCAGCUCUUACUAUUCUAUAGGGCACUCCCAGGAUUUGGUGAUUCACUGGGACAUCAAGGAAGAAGUGGAUGCUGGAGACUGGAUUGGCAUGUACCUUAUUGGUGAAGUCUCAUCUGAAAACUUUCUGGAUUAUAAGAACCGUGGAGUCAACGGUUCUCACAGAGGCCAGAUCAUUUGGAAGAUCGACGCCAGCUCCUACUUCGUGGAGUCUGAAACUAAGAUCUGCUUCAAAUACUACCAUGGCGUGAGCGGAGCCCUGCGAGCCACAACCCCCAGUGUCACUGUCAAAAACUCAGCAGCUCCUAUUUUUAAAGGUAUUGGCUCUGAAGAGACUGCGCAAAGUCAAGGGAGUAGGAGGCUGAUCAGCUUCUCUCUCUCAGAUUUCCAAGCCAUGGGGUUGAAGAAGGGGAUGUUUUUCAACCCAGACCCUUAUCUGAAGAUUUCCAUUCAGCCUGGGAAACACAGCAUCUUUCCAGCCCUCCCUCAUCAUGGGCAAGAGAGGAGAUCCACGAUCAGAGGCAACACUGUGAACCCCAUCUGGCAGGCAGAGCAUUUCAGUUUCGUGUCUCUGCCAACUGAUGUGCUGGAAAUUGAAGUGAAGGACAAGUUUGCCAAGAGCCGUCCCAUCAUCAAGCGUUUCUUGGGAAAGCUGUCAAUGCCGGUUCAGAGGCUGCUGGAGAGACACGCCAUAGGGGAUAGGGUGGUCAGCUACACACUUGGCCGCAGGCUUCCAACUGACCAUGUGAGUGGACAGCUGCAGUUCCGAUUUGAGAUCACAUCCUCCAUCCAUGCAGAUGAUGAAGAGAUCUCUCUGAGUGCCGAGCCUGAGUCAGCAGAAACCCAGGACAGCGUCAUGAACAGUGUGGUGGAAAACAGCAAUGGGGAACCUCCUGGGGACGUCCCAGAACACUCGGAGAACUUGAAGCCAGAGUCAGCAAGUGAAGAGAAUGGAAUGAACAGCUCAGGGAACCAAAACCAGGAGCCCGCCGGGCCAGUUGAGGAAGCUGCAGGUCCUAUGGAGACUGAGGAUGGUGGCAACAUCUCGGAAGGACCCAAAGAGGCUGGAGAGAUUCAAGACCUAGAGCAACAUGACACCCCGCCCACUCUGAGUGCAGAAGAAGUGGCAGAGGGACUUGACCUGGAUGAGAAUUUGCCAGAAGGUAGCGGGGCAGAAGAGGGCGCAGUGCCGGCAGAUGGAGCCCGAGAAGGGGAGAUGCAGGAGAAUGGCCAGGAUGAGGAAGAAGAGGAAGAGGAGGUUUCUGCCCUGGAGCAAGGAGAGCCUGGACUGCAGCUGAGGGCCUCGGUGAAAAAGAAAAGCAGACCAUGUUCCCUUCCUGUAUCUGAGCUUGAGACAGUGAUUGCAUCUGCCUGUGGAGAGCCUGAGACCCCAAGGACACACUACAUCCGCAUCCACACCCUGCUGCACAGCAUGCCUUCGGCUCAGAGAGGGAGCACCACGGAGGAGGAGGAUGGCUUAGAGGAGGAAAUUACCCUCAAGGAGUCCUCUGAAAAAGAUGGACUCAGCGAGGUGGAUACAAUAGCUGCUGACCCGCAAUCCAUGGAAGACGGCGAGAAUGAGGGAGCUACACUGUGUAUGGCGCCCUCUGAUGGCGCUGGGGGCCUCUACUCCACUUUACCCAAAAGCCUUGGUGCUGGCCAGGAUGGCGGCGCACACCCCAGCACGGGGAGUGAGAGUGACUCCAGCCCCCAGCAAGGAGCGGACCACAGUUGCGAGGGCUGUGAUGCCUCGUGCUGCAGCCCCUCGUGCUACAGCACGUCCUGCUACAGCAGCUCCUGCUACAGCAGCUCCUGCUACAGCAGCUCCUGCUACAAUGGCAACAACCGCUUUGCCAGCCACACGCGCUUCUCCUCUGUGGAUAGCGCCAAGAUCUCUGAGAGCACAGUCUUCUCUUCGCAAGAGGAUGAGGAGGAGGAAAACAGUGCAUUCGAGUCCGUACCGGACUCAGUGCAAAGCCCAGAGCUAGAUCCCGAGUCUACAAAUGGGGCUGGGCCGUGGCAGGACGAACUGGCUGCCCCUGCUGGGAAUGCAGCAAGAACUACUGAAGGUCUGGAGUCCCCCAUGGCAGGUCCCAGCAAUAGGAGAGAAGGUGAAUGUCCUAUACUCCAUAAUUCCCAGCCAAUAAGCCAGCUUCCUUCCUUGAGGCCUGAACAUCAUCACUACCCAACAAUCGAUGAGCCUCUUCCACCAAACUGGGAAGCUCGAAUUGACAGCCACGGACGGGUCUUUUACGUGGACCAUGUAAACCGCACAACCACCUGGCAGCGACCAACAGUGGCACCUACCCCAGAUGGAAUGAUCAGGUCCGGGUCUGUCCACCAGAUGGAGCAGCUUAACAGAAGGUAUCAAAACAUUCAGAGGACCAUUGCAACAGAGAGACCUGACGAAGAUUCUAGCAACCAAAGCUGUGAGCAGAUAGCAGAUGGAGGAGGUGGAGGUGGAGGGAGUGACUCGGAAGCAGAAUCCUCCCAAUCAAGCUUAGAUCUGAGGAGAGAAGGGUCACUUUCUCCAGUCAACUCACAAAAGAUCACCUUGCUGCUGCAGUCCCCGGCGGUCAAGUUCAUCACCAAUCCCGAGUUCUUCACUGUGCUGCAUGCCAACUACAGUGCCUACCGGGUCUUCACAAGUAGCACUUGCUUGAAGCACAUGAUUUUGAAGGUCCGACGAGAUGCUCGCAAUUUUGAACGCUACCAGCAUAACCGGGACCUGGUGAAUUUCAUCAACAUGUUUGCAGACACAAGACUGGAACUGCCUCGGGGUUGGGAGAUCAAAACCGAUCAUCAGGGAAAGUCUUUCUUUGUGGACCACAACAGCCGAGCUACCACUUUCAUUGAUCCCCGAAUCCCUCUUCAGAAUGGCCGCCUUCCCAGUCAUCUGACCCAUCGACAGCACCUCCAGAGGCUCCGGAGUUACAGUGCUGGAGAGGCCUCAGAAGUCUCUAGAAACAGAGGAGCAUCAUUGUUGGCCAGGCCAGGACACAGCCUAAUAGCUGCCAUUCGAAGUCAGCAUCAACAUGAGUCAUUGCCACUGGCAUAUAAUGACAAGAUUGUGGCAUUUCUUCGCCAGCCAAACAUUUUUGAAAUGCUACAAGAACGUCAGCCAAGCUUGGCAAGAAACCACACACUCAGGGAGAAAAUCCAUUAUAUUCGGACAGAGGGUAACCAUGGGCUGGAGAAAUUGUCCUGUGAUGCUGAUCUGGUCAUUUUGCUGAGUCUCUUUGAAGAAGAGAUCAUGUCCUAUGUUCCCCUGCAAUCUGCCUUCCACCCUGGGUAUAGCUUCUCUCCUCGCUGUUCCCCCUGCUCCUCACCUCAGAACUCCCCAGGUUUACAGAGAGCCAGCGCCAGAGCCCCUUCACCAUACCGAAGGGAUUUUGAAGCUAAGCUACGCAAUUUCUACCGAAAACUGGAAGCCAAAGGAUUUGGUCAGGGCCCGGGUAAAAUUAAGCUCAUUAUCCGCCGAGACCACUUGCUGGAGGGGACCUUCAACCAGGUGAUGGCAUACUCCCGGAAGGAGCUCCAGAGAAACAAGCUCUACAUCACCUUUGUUGGAGAAGAGGGCCUGGACUACAGUGGCCCUUCUCGAGAGUUCUUCUUCCUUUUGUCUCAGGAGCUCUUCAACCCUUACUAUGGACUCUUUGAGUAUUCUGCAAACGACACUUACACGGUGCAGAUCAGCCCCAUGUCGGCGUUUGUAGAAAACUAUCUCGAAUGGUUCAGAUUUAGUGGUCGUAUCCUGGGACUGGCUCUGAUCCAUCAGUAUCUCCUGGAUGCUUUCUUUACAAGGCCCUUCUACAAGGGACUCCUGAAGCUGCCCUGUGAUUUGAGCGACCUAGAAUAUUUAGAUGAGGAAUUCCACCAAAGUCUGCAGUGGAUGAAGGACAAUAACAUCACAGAUAUUCUCGAUCUCACCUUCACUGUUAAUGAAGAAGUUUUUGGACAGGUAACAGAGAGAGAGCUGAAGUCUGGAGGCGCCAACACGCAGGUGACUGAGAAGAACAAAAAGGAGUACAUUGAGAGGAUGGUGAAGUGGCGGGUGGAGCGCGGUGUGGUGCAGCAGACCGAAGCCUUGGUGAGGGGCUUCUACGAGGUGGUCGACUCAAGGCUCGUCUCCGUGUUUGAUGCAAGGGAGCUGGAGCUGGUGAUUGCUGGUACUGCCGAAAUCGACCUGAACGACUGGAGGAAUAACACCGAGUACCGGGGAGGUUAUCAUGACAGCCACCUUGUGAUCCGCUGGUUCUGGGCUGCGGUAGAACGGUUCAACAAUGAGCAGAGAUUGAGAUUACUCCAGUUUGUGACAGGAACAUCGAGUGUGCCCUAUGAAGGCUUUGCAGCUUUGCGGGGAAGCAAUGGACUUCGACGGUUCUGCAUCGAGAAGUGGGGGAAAAUUACAUCUCUUCCCAGGGCACAUACAUGCUUCAACCGGCUGGAUCUGCCCCCAUACCCUUCAUACUCCAUGUUGUAUGAGAAGCUGCUAACAGCGGUAGAGGAAACCAGCACCUUCGGACUUGAGUGAGGAAGUGGAACUUUGCCUGACAUCAUCCUGAACCGUGACACCACCCUUUCCGGGAUGACUUCCUUUCCCUCCGUUGACUUUGGUAUUCCAUGGUUUUUAUUUCAGAGCAAAUUAGAAUUGGCAAAAGCUGUGCAUGAAGAAUUGCCUUCCUCUAAGAUCUAACCUUCAGGCUUGUCUCCUCUGUUUCCAAUGAACUGCUAGCCUGUAUGCAAUACUACAAAACAGCUGUCUCAAGGUCUGUGCACACCUCCACAUACCUCCAUUCCUAACAAUGAAACACGAGUGCGAGUCGCGCCACACUUGACGAAAUGGUAAUAAAUGUUUACUUCCAUUUCUAUCGUUUAAGGAUAAUUUCAGCUGUGAGCAUUCCAUGCUUUUAUAUGCCCACGUCUUCCAAGCCGAACCAAUCACUUCUCAUAAUUUCUAAUGACCAAUUCAUAAUUUCCAGACCUAGGAGCUGACUGAUUUUUUUUUUCCUCUCUAUCUCUCUAUCUCAGCAUAUCCUAUUCAUCCUAUCCAUUCAGUGGACAGCCAAGGCCACAAAGAAAUUUUUUUCUUCAUUCAACUCAUGAUUCACAGGUGACAUCAGUCCCAUCAUCCAGAACUAGCCUAGACAUAUGGUGCAAAUAUGAAACUUCCAGCAAUUAACAACAGCAAGAAAAAGGUUAUCAGUAAACCCACUGGCUUUAAGGACUAUAAACCCAGCUUGAGAAAGGGAGAGUGGGGAGAGCACCCCUGGGGAACACUCGCCACUCAAGAAGCACAAACGUGUGCGCCAUGUCCAAGGAAGCAAUCGUUAUUGCUGUAGAUUGAAAGAUGAACCUUUAACUCCAGUGUUGCUACAUAGAAAGUGACAGGGCAAACAGGAAAAAGGACAGGACCUAGGACAUUUAUCCAAAUACGUGAAUUUUGUUAAUCUAUUCUCACACACAUAGUACAAACAGAUCUCAUGGCUUUUGUUGAAGCCAGGUUUGUUUACUUGACCAGUAAACCUUUUAUUUCUUUAUAACUUUGGUAUUUUUCUCACUCUUUUUUUCUCUUCUUUUGUUAUUCAUGGUGUUCCCAUUCUGUCACUUCUGAUGUUCACAGAAACCACAUAAGGAGCUGCGGAGAGUGACGGUGCUUGUUAGGGACCACGGGCAAUAUAAACUUCUCCUUCAUCCAUAGCACUUUUUCGGAGACAUACUGACUUAUGUCCAAAAAAAAAAAAACAUUUUUUUAGCAUUUAGCAAAAUAUCUAAGAAAAUGUGUCUUUAGGAAAACACUUUCGGGCUCCACAGACAGCCUGACAUCUUGAUUACAUUUGAAAUAAACCUAACCAUAAUGGUCAUUUGCUAUUUUUGUAACCAUGUUAUCCAUGUUGUCUGAAAUAUGACAUAAAUGAAAGUGUUUUUCUUCACUGGGAAAAAGAAAAGCUAAAGAGACUCAACUAUUAAAAUAUCCAUUGUUAUAAUCAGCAUAUUAAAACAAGGGGGAAAGUCUGAGAAGGUAAAGCUAACUUCAGAUGAAGCCAUGCCUCGUGGCUUAUGUCACCAGUGCGGUAUGUUCCUGCUCUCUAAAAUAUAUUUUCUUAGUAAAAAUUAAUCACAAUGCCAAACACUCCUUGCUCCUGUAUGUCUGUUGUCAAACAGGAAGUAUACAUAAUGGAAACUUAGCUUCCUAUUGUUGUCUAAAUAAAAGUUUUACUAAAAAUGGAGUAUAAGUUGUAUGAUACACAGCUUAGGAAUAGGUCAAAUUUGGUCCAUAUUUCCAGUAUGGAAAAACAAUGAAUUCCAAUGGAGUUGUUCUUUAUUAAUGAUCUCAGAACAAAAGGACUACAAAAAUCACUUUCACUAAAUCUUUAGCUCAUUGAACAGCAUAUUUAGAAUUCAUUUUAUACAUACAUAAAACUCAUCUAUUCAAGCAUUCAGCAUUUUUAGCACUUGCCAUAUGUUGAAAAGGAGAAAGUUGUAGGUUCAAGUGUAGAAAGCGGCUCCUGGAAAGGUUUACAGUUUACAAAAAUGAGACAAUCUAUUAACUGGUUUACUGUUUAGUCUACCAACGUACAAAAGAAACAAAUUAUCUUAGAAAUUACAUGUGAAUAAGAAACUCAGAUAAAUGUUUUGGGGUUUUGUUUGUUUGUUUCGUUUUUGCUAAUUUUUAGUUAUACCUCGAUCCUAAUGCCAGGCUCUACAUGAAUCCCAACAAGCAAACAUGACAGCAAUAGUAUUUUUUAAAGAUUUAUGUAUUUAUUAUGUAUACAGUGUUCUGCUUUCCUGUAUGCCCACAUGUGAGGACACCAGAUAUCAUCAUAGAUGGUUGUGAGACACCAUGUUCUUGCUGGGAAUUGAACUCAGGACCUUUGGAAGAGCAACCAGUGCUCUUAACCUCUGAGCCAUCGCUCCAGCCUCAGCAGUAGUAUCUUUUUAUUAAUUAUUUAAGAAUGUUUACAACGUAUUUAAAUCAUAAUCAUCCAACACUCUUCUUCCUAAUUCCUCCAAGAUCCACUCCUCAGCCUUCAGUUCCUUCUGAAUUUCAUGCCAUUUUUUCCUUUACAAUCUAUUGAGUUCAGUUUAUGCUCUCCAUAAACUAAUUAGUGUAAUGCCAUCCCCUGGAGGAUGUAAACAUAUCUUAUGUGUAAAAAAACUGACUCUCAUAACUGGGUUGUAAGUGGCAUGCACCUUUAAUCCCAGCACGUGGAAAGCAAAGGCAGGCAAAUCUCUGUGAGCCCCGUCUACAGAGUGAGUUCUGGGACAAUCAGCGCUACAUAGUGAGACUCUGUUUUGAAAAAGAAAGAAAAGAAAGGACGAAAGAAAGGAAAGAAGAAAGAAAGAGAAAGAAGAGAAAAGAAAGGAAACUGACUCUCAAAUGCCAUUAGCUGUCAAUAGAUCCUCAGAUAGGGUUGGGGGCCUUAUGAAAAACAAUAGUAAAAUAGAAAAAUGAAAAAUGGCAUCAAUACCAACACCAAAGUUACUGAGAGAAUACACGGCUUGCUUCAUAGAGCCCAACAUAUGGCUUCAGCUUUGCAGGGAAGAAAGAAAUCAAAGGAAAGAGGAGCUCAGAAAUUAGUCAUGGAAAGACACUUUUGAAAUCAUAUGAGAUUAAUUUUAAAAUUAUACAUAAUUUCAAUAUAUAUACAUAUAAACAUAACUAUACAUAUAACCAUAUGUUUAUAUGUACAUGUGUUUAUAUGUAACUAUACAUGUAACCAUAUGUUUAUAUGUAUAUACACUUACACAUAAGGAAAUAACUGUAGAAAUAAUUAUUAAUUUUAAUGGUUGGAGACAUAAGUCACCUCAAAUGACAUAAUUCUUUGGGUAACACAGAUCUUUUGUGACCCUACAUAGUUCUUUAACUUUUUUUCUCCAUAAAGGCAAUUGCAAAAUAAUCACUUAUAAGUCAUAACAUCCCUAAAGCAAGAUUUUUAUAUCUAGUUUUAUGAGUAUGACAUCCUUUAUUGGGAGACAAUAUUCAGUAACAUGAAGAUGGGACUCUCCCCGAUAGAAAUUGAGUCUUCACAGUCAGAACUAAUCUAGAACUACUGGAUUCUCUAUGACAUCCUGUGUACAUGAGCUGGAGAACAUUGUGAUAAGUUUUUACUACCAUCACUAUGAUAGCACAAAUAUUUUGGGAAAGUUAAUGAAUAAAAUGAAGUGUGAAAUGAUAUUUUGGCAAGCUUGAUUCAUGAAAGAUUUCAAUAUUUUUCCUGUUAAUAAUGAAGCUGCGUCAUUCACCAGUAAGAAUGUUUGUACGGCAAGCCAGCGAGCUGAGUUUUCCAUGAAACUUCUAACAGUAUGCAAUCUCAUUGUCAGUCCCUGUGUCAAGCCACAUGUCUCAAAUUUGGGUUCUGAAAAUUUCUAAGUUGCCACAAAUGUAUUCCCAGUCAAGAUGAAACACUUUCACAUGAAAGUAGUUAGAACUUUACAUAACAAAAUGUGGUGCUUUAUUAUUCUUCUUGUUGUUGUUAUUAUGAUUAUAAUUACUAUUAUGUCUUUUGGUGUUUGUUAUUGAAACUACUGCAAUACUGUAUCAUACAUGUGCAGGGUGACUAUUCCAGCUAUCACAAGGUCCAAAAGAGAAAGUAUUAUUUUCCUGUUAAUGACAUGUAGUCCCUUUGUUCUAGUAGAUACAAGGUGCCUAGAGGUAGUAUGUAGAGUAAAUAUUGUUCCAUUAGUCUACUUCCUGCAGCUUCCGUUAUCUGAGGAAAUGUCCAUAACAAUUUUGUUUACAAGUCUUUGUUCUAGUCACUAACAGAAGAUGUCCAUACUACUGGGCUGAUUUUGCUUACAUCUUCAAAAGAAAUGUCACGUGAUACUCAGGCCUCGCUUUCUCUUCCAUCAUACAUCUUCAAGGAAUGUCAAUAAACUCACUUUGGUAUGGCACUGAGUGUGUUUCUUAUUGCAAAGAGAAGUCUGUGGUAACACAUGAAAAUAUCUAUCAAACCUGUGCUCUUGAUGAAUAGUGUAAGCAAUGAAACAACACGGAGUGAUAGCAGCUUCCAGGGCAAAUAACCUCAUUGUUAU